AUCCGAGGGCUUUGGCCCAGAGUAACCCCGCUGGCGUGACCUUUCCCCUCCUUUCGGUACCUCCCGCGGCCCGCGGGGCCGGCUGGCUGCGGUUGGGCGUUCGCCCUGCUCCCUCCUCGCCACCUCCCUCCCGAGCUUCGGCUCCCCAGUCCCGGCGCGUCGGCGCGACUCCCCGUCAUGGCGGCCCUCAGCAAGUCCAUCCCUCAUAACUGCUACGAGAUCGGCCACACUUGGCACCCUUCCUGCGGGGUCUCCUUCGUGCAGAUCACCCGGGGCGCCCUGGAGGAGUCCCUGAAGAUCUAUGCUCCCCUGUACUUGAUUGCAGCAGUUCUCCGGAAACGAAAAUUAGACUAUUAUUUACACAAACUACUCCCUGAGAUCCUCCAAUCUGCUUCAUUUCUGACUGCUAAUGGUGCCUUGUAUAUGGCUUUCUUUUGCAUUUUAAGGAAGAUACUUGGAAAAUUCUACUCAUGGAGUCCUGGCUUUGGUGCCGCUUUGCCAGCAUCUUAUGUGGCAAUUCUAAUUGAAAGGAAAAGCAGGAGAGGGCUGCUCACAAUUUAUAUGGCCAACUUGGCCACAGAAACGCUAUUUAGAAUGGGUGUAGCAAGAGGAACCAUCACAACAUGGAGAAACGGAGAAGUCCUUUUGUUCUGCAUCACAGCUGCCAUGUACAUGUUCUUUUUCAGGUGCAAAGAUGGCUUGAAAGGAUUUACGUUUUCUGCACUUAGGUUCAUUGUAGGGAAGGAAGAAAUUCCCACACAUUCUUAUUCACCAGAGGCAGCAUAUGCAAAAGUAGAACAAAAGGCAGAGAAACAUGAGGAAAAAGCAAGAAGAAUGGAUGUAAUUGCUCUUGUCAGGAAACUUGUGGAUUCAGUAUGUAAGCAUGGACCAAGGCAUAGAUGUUGCAAACACUAUGAAGAUAAUUGCAUCUCUUACUGCAUUAAGGGUUUCAUCAGAAUGUUUAGUGUGGGAUACUUGAUCCAGUGCUGCCUCCGAAUUCCCUCUGCAUUUAGGCAUCUGUUUACACAGCCAUCCCGGCUGCUUUCUCUCUUCUACAAUAAAGAGAACUUCCAGCUUGGAGCUUUUCUGGGCUCCUUUGUUAGUAUAUACAAGGGUACUAGUUGCUUCCUGCGCUGGGUCAGAAACCUGGAUGAUGAACUGCAUGCUAUUAUAGCUGGAUUUUUGGCGGGAAUAUCAAUGAUGUUUUAUAAAAGCACAACAAUUUCCAUGUAUUUAGCUUCUAAAUUAGUAGAGACAAUGUAUUUCAAAGGCAUCGAAGCAGGAAAGGUUCCUUAUUUUCCCCAUGCAGAUACUAUUAUCUAUUCCAUCUCUACGGCAAUUUGCUUCCAGGCUGCUGUCAUGGAAGUUCAGACCUUGCGGCCAUCUUACUGGAAGUUCCUUUUAAGACUCACGAAGGGCAAAUUUGCUGUCAUGAACCGAAAAGUCCUUGAUGUUUUUGGUACUGAUGCAUCUAAACACUUUCAGGAUUUCAUCCCUAGGUUGGAUCCGAGAUAUACAACUGUCACACCAGAGUUGCCCAUUGAGUUUUCUUGAAGAUGACUGUAGUAUAUUCAUGUGACUUAACGUUUCAUUAUUUUAUCCUGAAGAGUUAAUUGUGUUGAGCACAAAGAAGGGGUCCGAGCUUGAACUUCAGUGUUAUUUCAGUGAGAGAUGUUCUUAUUUUUGUUUUUUUACCAAUCAGAAAUACAGAAGCUUUUUAGGAAGGUGUUGCUUAAUAAUUAAGCUCCCUCCAUAGCCAGAAUCUGAUUCUGGAUCACUGUAAUGGUUGACAUGAUGAUGUACUAUUGUUUAAAUUAUGUCCACAAGCGUUAUUAAAUAAUCUGUGUAGAAAUUUAGUAACAAAUAGGUAUACUUAAAAUUACUUUAGAAGAUGUUUUUAGUUCAUUCCAAUAUAAUUCUUGGUAAAAACUAAGAAUAUUUCUGCAUUUUAGGAUACAAAGGAUCACGGGUACAUGGAUUUGGUCUGUAUUUUUUUUUUUAACUUUUGAACUGGUAACUAUGGUAGUGAAAUGUUACGGAUAUGAAGUAACUCUUCACAGACAAUGCUGCUUUAGUAUAGAGCAAUUUAAUUGGAGAAAGUGGCCAUUCUUACUCCAGGGCUGCACAACACGGGUCUUACACCGUUUGGAUCAAUGCCGUGGUAUCCAUGCUCUUCCUCCACUGAGACCUUCAUUUCUGCCCACGAUCAGCUGGGCUGUUUGGCAGCCCAGUGAACCUAUGUACUAAUGGCAGGCUAGGAGCAAAUGGAAAUGGCCGUAUCUGAUGAAGCUGAAAUGUAUGUUUCAGUCUUUUGCAGAAACAUUGCACUUGAAUAUUUAAAAGCAAAUGAAGUUACUGUUAAAGCUCCUGCAAGUUUGUCCUGUUUGUUCUCAUGUAUAAGGACUGACUUUUUCAUAGCUAGUUUGUAUGCCAUUGUUGAUAUAGAAGGGAUCAAAAUCCUAUGGGACAAAAACAGUUUGGGUAAGUCUGGCAGUUUGUUCCCUCAACUGUUUCACCUAUACAGUGAAUGUUUUACAACUAAAAAACAAUAUAACAAUCCAGCGGUGAUUAAAAAGUUCAUUUCAUUACUAAUCUGAUUCAGGUUCUCUAGCCUCUUUUCAAAAGAUCAUUGUCAGUAAAAUCAUUUUUACUCCUGUUAGAAUAAAUGACAAAAUGUAGUCACUGCUGAUUAUGAGUUCGUUCAGAACAGCUGUGAUUGAAAUAUGAUCACACUUUAGAGGGAAAAGUUAUACUUUUCUACAUUAAUAAAAGGCUUAAGUGGUUGUGUCUACAGUUAUUGUAACCUAUACCUAUGAUGAUGGUAUAUUUUUUUAAUACAAUUUUGUUGCUGAAAAGCUUUGGGCCAUUAGAAAUUAAUUACACAGUAGAACUUGUGUUGCAACAAGAAUUAUAACCCAGACCUUAAAAAUGCUUAAUCCUUCAUAUUCAAUUUCAUCAAGACUUGUAUCUUUCUGGCAAAUUGAAACCCAACGAAAAGACAGACUCUGGUACUGUGGUAACAGAGAGCCACUUUAAUGUGGUCAAAAUUUUGCAUUGUGAUUAACAUUUUAGAGCCAACUUGUCUGCGGGGCAAUACUGUUAAAGGAUCGUUUUGGUUUCAGACUUCAAAAUCGAUUAAUAAAUUAAGUUUUAAGUUUUUACUCUCUGGAAUCAAAAUGGUGAUUGGUACUGUGUUUACUUUCAAGUAGCAGUGAAGAACGCACUGCGACCUGCACCUUGUUUUCCUAUUUAAAAAUUAGGUUUAUACUAUUUCCCCUGUCAGGUUAAAAGGAAAACACUUUCAUUUGUAAGUUACUGCUUUCGUUGACAUUAAAAGACUAAGAUAUUGAAAGACAAGUUCUACUGAAAUUUGAUGAGAUUGUUUAGUAAAAUUUUUCUGGUAAAAGGGACAUUUUCUAUGAUUUACUUUUUGUUUUUCUAUUUUACAAACUACAGUCAUCUUUUACUUUGUAUAAACUGUAAAAUUAAAUAACCGACAUGAAGCAGAAUACACUAAUGAAUGUAUAGCUUGAAUUAAUAGUUAACUAAUUUGCAGUGGUGAAUAGAGAAGUCCAAUUUGAUUUCAUUGGGACAGACUGUAAACAAGCAAACGCAAACUCUGCGUUUAUAUUCCUGAAGACAAUCAAAAUGAACACCUUUCUACCUCUAACUAAUCAGGUAUUGAUUGACAACUUGGCAUCAUAAAUAAAGUCAAAUAGAUGUCUCCAUUCCAAAA